AUGCCGGUUUUUCACACGAAAACGAUAGAAAGUAUCCUGGAGCCGGUGGCUCAGCAGAUAUCCCAUCUGGUGAUUAUGCACGAAGAAGGUGAAGUUGACGGGAAAGCUAUCCCAGAUCUGACGGCACCGGUGGCUGCCGUACAGGCGGCUGUUAGCAACCUUGUUCGGGUGGGAAAGGAGACUGUACAAACCACAGAGGACCAGAUCAUGAAAAGAGACAUGCCACCAGCUUUUAUCAAAGUGGAGAAUGCGUGCACUAAGCUGGUGCAGGCUGCCUCCAUGCUGAAAGCUGAUCCAUACUCUGUGCCUGCUCGGGAUUACCUCAUCGAUGGCUCCCGGGGAAUCCUCUCCGGGACCUCUGACCUUCUCCUGACAUUUGAUGAGGCUGAGGUCCGCAAAAUUAUCCGCGUGUGCAAAGGCAUCCUGGAGUACCUGACAGUGGCUGAGGUGGUGGAGUCAAUGGAGGACUUGAUCACAUACACAAAGAACUUGGGGCCAGGGAUGACAAAGAUGGCAAAGAUGAUAGACGAGCGACAGCAGGAGCUGACGCACCAGGAGCACCGCGUGAUGUUGGUCAACUCCAUGAACACAGUCAAAGAGCUGCUGCCCAUCCUCAUCUCAGGUAUCAAAAUCUUUGUGACAACCAAGACAUCUGGCAGCCAGGGCGUGGAGGAAGCCUUGAAGAACCGUGAGUUCACUUUUGAGAAGAUGAGCGCCGAGAUCAACGAGAUCAUCAGAGUGCUGCAGCUUACCUCCUGGGACGAGGACGCCUGGGCUAACAAGGACACAGAGGCCAUGAAGAGGGCUCUGGGGCUUAUCGACUCAAAGAUGGCCCAGGCUAAGAACUGGCUGAGGGAUCCAAACGCUCCACCAGGGGAUGCAGGCGAGCAGGCCAUCCGCCAGAUCCUCGAUGAAGCUGGAAAAGUCGGUGAGCUGUGCGCUGGGAAGGAGCGCAGAGAUAUUCUUGGCACAGCUAAGACUCUGGGCCAGAUGACCGACCAGGUGUCUGAGAUGAGGGCCAGAGGUCAGGGCGCAUCCCCAGCCGCCAUGCAGAAGGCACAGCAGGUCUCCCAGGGGCUCGACGUGCUUACUGGCAAGGUGGGAAAUGCUGCUCGCAAGCUGGAGGCCAUGACUAACUCCAAGCAGGCCAUCGCCAAAAGGAUUGAUGCUGCACAGAACUGGCUGGCAGACCCUAACGCCAACCCAGAGGGAGAAGAGAACAUCAAGGCCCUGCUCACCGAGGCCAAAAAGAUUGCAGACAUGUGUGAAGACCCCAAAGAAAGAGAUGACAUCUUGCGCUCUAUUGGAGAGAUUGCUGCCAUGACUGCCAAGCUGUCUGAUCUCAGAAGACAGGGUAAAGGUGACACUCCUGAAGCCAGAGCUUUGGCUAAACAGAUUGCAACAGCUCUCCAGAAUCUGCAGUCCAAGACCAACAAAGCUGUGGCCAACAGCAGGCCUGCGAAGGCAGCUGUGCACUUGGAAGGAAAGAUUGAGCAGGCACAGCGCUGGAUUGACAAUCCCACCAUCGAUGACAGCGGUGUUGGCCAGGCAGCCAUCCGCGGGCUGGUGGCAGAGGGCCGCAGGCUGGCCAACGCUCUGCCGGGUCCUUACAGGCAGGAGAUGCUGGGUAAAUGUGAGCAGGUGGAGCAGCUCAUGGCCCAUUUGGCUGACCUGGCUGCCCGCGGUGAAGGAGACUCCCCUCAGGCACGUGCUGUGGCUCAGCAACUCCAGGCGGCUUUGAAAGACCUGAAAGGGAAGAUGCAAGAAGCGAUGACUCAGGAGGUGUCCGACAUCUUCAGUGACACCACCACCCCCAUCAAGUUACUGGCAGUGGCUGCCACGGCCCCUCUGGAUGUCCCCAACAGAGAUGAGGUCUUUGACGAGAGGGCUGCCAACUUUGAGAACCACGCCAAUAAGCUUGGCACCACAGCAGAGAAGGCUGCUGCUGUCGGCACUGCCAACAAGAGCACAGUGGAGGGAAUCCAGGCUGCCGUCAAGUCAACAAGAGACUUAACACCACAAGUGGUGUCUGCUGCUCGUAUUCUGCUGAGAAACCCUGGAAACCAAGCUGCAUAUGAGCAUUUUGAAACCAUGAAGAAUCAGUGGAUUGACAACGUGGAGAAAAUGACAGGUUUGGUGGACGAGGCCAUCGAUACCAAAUCUUUGCUGGACGCCUCAGAGGAGGCCAUCAAGAAGGACCUGGACAAGUGCCGUGUGGCCAUGGCCAACCACCAGCCUCAGAUGCUGGUCGCCGGUGCCACCAGCAUCGCCCGCAGAGCCAACCGUAUCCUCUUGGUGGCAAAGCGAGAGGUGGAGAACUCAGAGGAUCCUAAAUUCAGGGCGAUGGUGAAGGCUGCAUCAGAUGAACUGAGCCAGACGAUUUCUCCUAUGGUGAUGGAUGCUAAGGCGGUGGCUGGAAACAUCCAGGAUCCAAGUCUUCAGAAAGGCUUUUUGGACUCAGGUUAUAAGAUUCUCGGUGCUGUGGCAAAGGUCAGGGAGGCAUUCCAGCCCCAGGAGCCAGACUUCCCACCACCUCCUCCUGAACUGGAACAGCUUACUCUUAAUGAUGAGGCAGCACCACCCAAACCUCCUCUUCCUGAGGGCGAGGUUCCUCCACCCAGGCCUCCUCCCCCAGAGGAGAAAGAUGAGGAGUUCCCCGAGCAGAAGGCUGGUGAUAUGGUCAACGAGCCCAUGAUGGUGGCUGCCAGGCAGCUCCACGAUGAAGCUCGCAAGUGGUCCAGCAAAGGAAAUGACAUCAUCGGUGCUGCCAAACGAAUGGCCUUGCUCAUGGCAGAGAUGUCACGUCUGGUGCGCGGAGGCAGCGGAAACAAGCGUGCGCUCAUCCAGUGCGCCAAGGACAUCGCGAAGGCCUCUGAUGAAGUCACGCGGCUGGCUAAGGAAGUGGCCAAGCAGUGCACUGACAAGCGUAUCCGGACUAACCUCCUCCAGGUGUGCGAGCGCAUUCCCACCAUCAGCACUCAGCUCAAAAUCCUGUCCACAGUCAAGGCCACCAUGUUGGGUCGUACCAACAUCAGCGAAGAGGAGUCAGAGCAGGCUACUGAGAUGUUGGUGCACAAUGCUCAGAACCUGAUGCAGUCUGUGAAGGAGACGGUCAGGGAGGCCGAGGCAGCUUCCAUUAAGAUCCGAACAGAUGCAGGCUUUACCCUCCACUGGGUCAGAAAGACCCCCUGGUACCAGUAA